AUGAGCAUCUCCACCACCGUUUUCUCUGAACCACUCUUCAACUUCAAACUUUCUCACUACCACAGACUUUCUUCCACUCACCGUUUAAAGACAAAUCCACACUCUUUCUCUUCCUCUUCAUUAUUUUCCUCCAAUAAUAAAAAUAAUUCGUGUUCAUCGACAUUCAAGCCGGACAGGUUUCUUUCUCCAAAGUUUCAAACUUUUGCAACAAAUACUGAUACCCUUGAAUCAAUUCACUCUUCUGAUGUCAUUUUCAAUCAGACUCAUCCCAUCAACAGAAUUGAACUGGUGGAGGGAAAGGUCUUUGUUAGAUUAGAUCAGGGGGAGGAUUUAAAGAAUUUGGAGCUUAUUGUUGGUUGCAAUCUACCAGGAAAGUGGAUUCUUCAUUGGGGAGUUUCCCGUGUGGAUGAUGUUGGAAGUGAAUGGGAUCAACCUCCCCGAGAUGUGAUACCUCCUGGAUCUAUUCCUAUAAAGGACUAUGCAAUAGAGACGCCGUUGAAGAAAUCCUCUGAAGGAGAUACUUUUCAUGAAGUCAAAAUCGGUCUUAAAGCUACCGAUGAUAUUUCAGCGAUUAAUUUUGUUCUCAAGGACGAGGAAACUGGUGCUUGGUAUCAACACAAAGGAAGAGACUUCAAGGUUCCUCUGGUCAACGAUAUUAAGGACGAUGCUAAUGUAAUUGGACCUAAAACAGGCUUUAGUUUGGGGCAAGGGGACAUAGGGCAGCAGAUAUCUAACGCUCUCCUCAAGUCGGAAGCAACCGAUGAUAAAGUUCAAGAUAACAACAGUGAAUCCGAAAGUCCAAAACUGGAAAGCAGUCAAGUAGAAGGUUUCUCUGUCGAACUACCUUUAACCAAGGAAGUUACUGUCAAUAACUCUAUCAAUGUCUCAAUUAGGAAAUGCUCCGAAACAGCAAAAAAUAUUUUAGAUUUAGAAACGGAUAUAAUGGGAGAUAUUUUCCUUCAUUGGGGAGCUUGUAGAGAUGAUUUAAGAAAGUGGGAAGCUCCACCUGCUCCUCAUCCACCAGAAACCAUAGCAUUUAAAGAUACAGCUUUGAGAACUCGAUUGAAGUCAAGAGGCAGUGGCGAGGGAAGUUCGGUACAAAUCUCUCUGGGAGAAGAGUUUUUGGGAUUCCUUUUUGUUCUGAAGAUAAAUGGAAAUACUUGGAUAAAUAACCAGGGGAAUGAUUUUUACGUCCCUCUCUCAACUUCUGGUAGCUUAACUAUUGGCAACAUAGAGGACCAAUCGAUAGUCACGAAGUGUGAAGAGACUCCCGAAGAGGAAUCUAAUGCUGAAUUUACCAAUGAAAUAAUCAAUGAAAUAAGGAGUUUGGUUACAGGCAUUUCAUCUGUGAAGAGACGAAAAACGAAAUCCAAAGAAGCACAGGAAACCAUUCUUCAAGAAAUUGAAAGACUGGCCGCUGAAGCCUACAGUAUCUUCAGAACCUCCGUUCCAACUUUCUCCCCGGAAACUAUUGUGGAAUCCGAGGUUGCUUUGGAAGCUGAGUCACCGGAGUUGCCUCCAAAAGUAACGUCAGGAACAGGCACAGGGUAUGAAAUAGUGUGCCAAGGAUUUAAUUGGGAAUCUCAUAAAUCUGGAAGAUGGUACGUAGAGCUUAAAGAGAAAGCUGCAGAAUUAUCGUCUCUUGGCUUCACUGUGAUUUGGUUACCGCCACCUACAGACUCCGUUUCACCCGAAGGAUACAUGCCAAGGGAUUUAUAUAACUUAGAUUCUAGAUACGGUACCAUUGAUGAACUCAAGGAUGUGGUGAAAACAUUUCAUAAAGUUGGAAUCAAAGUUCUAGGAGAUGCUGUUUUGAAUCACCGAUGUGCUCAGAAACAGAAUCAAAAUGGUAUUUGGAACAUAUUUGGAGGUCGUCUCAACUGGGAUGAUCGUGCAGUUGUAGCCGAUGAUCCACAUUUUCAGGGGAGGGGCAACAAGAGUAGUGGCGAUAAUUUCCAUGCAGCUCCGAACAUUGAUCAUUCACAGGACUUCGUGAGAAAUGACAUUAAAGAAUGGUUAUGCUGGUUAAGGGAAGAAAUCGGAUAUGAUGGGUGGAGGCUUGACUUUGUAAGGGGAUUUUGGGGCGGUUAUGUAAAGGACUACAUGGAUGCAACGAAACCUUACUUUUCCGUGGGAGAGUACUGGGAUUCCCUCAGUUAUACAUAUGGUGAAAUGGAUCAUAAUCAAGAUGCACACAGGCAGAGGAUUGUUGACUGGAUUAGUGCUGCCGGUGGUAGUGCUGGUGCAUUUGAUGUUACAACCAAAGGGAUUCUUCACUCUGCAUUGGAUAGAUGUGAAUAUUGGCGCUUGUCAGAUCAGCAGGGAAAACCCCCUGGCGUUCUUGGAUGGUGGCCGUCUCGCGCUGUUACUUUUAUAGAAAACCAUGACACUGGUUCUACACAGGGUCACUGGAGAUUUCCCCACGAAAAAGAAAUGCAAGGAUAUGCUUACACUCUUACUCACCCAGGAACUCCUUCAGUGUUCUUUGACCACAUUUUCUCUCACUAUAAAACUGAAAUCGAGGCACUUCUCUCUAUAAGGAAACGGAACGCGAUCAACUGCAGGAGCACUGUUAAAAUUCACAAGGCAGAAAGGGAUGUUUAUGCUGCUAUCAUAGACGGAAAAGUUGCUAUGAAGAUCGGUCCUGGUCAUUUUGAACCACCUAGUGAUUCCCAAAAAUGGAAAUCAGCUUGGGAAGGAAGAGACUACAAAAUUUGGGAGGAAGCAUCAUAA